CCUGGGCCGCCAGCACCGCCUCCCCGCCCGGCGCCAUGGCCGCUGCGGCCGGGGACGGCGCGGUGAAGCCGCUGCAGUGCGCUAUGAAGCUGGCCAACGGGGCCAUCGAGCUGGACACCGGCAACCGGCCCCGGGAGGCGUAUACAGAAUACCUGAGGAGCAUCCACUACAUCUCCCAGGUGCUGCUGGAGGAAGUGGAAACCACCGAAGACGCUGGGGAGACCGUGCCCCUGGAUGCCCUGAAGAUGCUGAAGCUGGCAGAGCAGUGUCUGGAGAGGGCCCAGUCGACGGUGGCCAAGCUUGGGAAAGCCUGCCUGAAGCCAGCCAUGCCCGCGGCUGCUGCCGUCCCCUCACCUACCAGCCGACACCGCCGGGUGUACUCGGACGAGGGGGGGAAGCUCCUCCCGUUUCUGCCGCCAGAGAUCUUCCAGAGGCUCCAGGUGGUGGAGUCGCAAAGCUCUAAGAAGGAGCUGACACCCCUGGAGGAGGCCUCCCUGCAGAACCAGAAGCUGAAGGCCGCCUAUGAAGCCCGGAUGGCCCGUCUGGACCCCAGCCAGGCCCUGCAGAAGACGUCGCUGACCCUGUCCCUGCAGCGGCAGAUGAUGGAGAACCUGGUGAUCGCCAAAGCCCGGGAGGAGACUCUGCAAAGGAAGAUGGAGGAGCGGCGGCUGCGGCUCCAGGAGGCCGCCAACAGGAGGUUCUGCAGUCAGGUCGCCCUGACCCCUGAGGAGCGGGAGCAGCGGGCCCUCUAUGCCGCCAUCCUCGAGUACGAGCAAGAUCACGAAUGGCCAAAGCACUGGAAGGCCAAGCUCAAGAGGAGCCCUGGGGACCUGUCACUGGUGACCAGCCUGGUGUCCCACCUGCUCAGCGUUCCCGACCACCCCAUCUCGCAGCUCCUGAAGAAGCUCCAGUGUGCGGUGUACCGGGCGCUGUACCACAUCGUGAGCAGGGGCGCUGCGGCCGCCCCAGCCCCCGGCGGCUGCUCCCUGCCCCCUGAUGCCGAGGGGCUACUGGCUCCUGGGAGCCGGCGCCUACGGCCCUCCCAGAGUCUCUACUGCAUGCUGUCCUCCCUGGAGCCCAGCCCAGCCCCGCAUCCCCCUGCCGGCCCCCCCACCAGUCCCCCCACACCCCCACUCCAGCCUGGGCCCCCCAACAGAGGGGCGGACAGCAGCCCUAAGGGGUCUCCCUCACCCCUGGUGCGCAAGGACAGCUCCUUUGAGGACCUGGAACAGUUCUUGGCCACUUCAGAGAGGUGGGGCCAGGGCCCUGGGCCGGGGACUGACCCUCAGGCCUCAGGGGUGAAGGAGGAGCCGCUGCUGGAGCCGCUGAAGAGCACCGUGAAGGACAUUCACAACGCGGUCGACAGGCUGCUCUCGCUGACCCUCCUGGCUUUCGAAGGCCUCAACACGGCCGUCUCCAAGGACCGCUGCCUGGCCUGCAUUGAGGAGCCCUUCUUCUCCCCACUGUGGCCCCUGCUGCUGGCCCUCUACAGGAGUGUGUACCGCCCCCGGGAGGCUGCCCUGAGCAGGAGCAUGGAGCUCUACAGUAAUGCACCCCCAGCAGUCCUCGGCAUCCCCCCCAAAUUGCUCCCUCGGGGCCCUGAGGCCUCGGGAGCCGGCGCCUACCCCUACUGCGCUGCGGCCCAGGAGCUGGGGCUGCUGGUCCUAGAGUGCUGCCCCCAGAAGAAGCUGGACUGCAUUGUGCGGGCCCUGCGGGUCAUCUGUGCCUGUGCUGAGAGCUACUACUGGGCCCAGGAGCCUGCACCUGAGGCGAGACCACAGCCUGGCGCAGCCGCCAUUGGUGCCGACGACCUGCUGCCCAUCCUGUCCUUCGUGGUGCUGAGAAGCGGCCUCCCGCAGCUGGUGUCGGAGUGCGCUGCUCUGGAGGAGUUCAUCCAUGAGGGGUAUCUGAUUGGAGAGGGGGGCUACUGCCUGACAUCCCUGCAGAGCGCCCUGAGCUAUGUGGAGCUGCUGCCCCGGGGGGCCCUGGGCAAGUAGAGGAGAUGGGACACCAGCACCGGCUCCGCAGCUUCCGCCCAUCCGCACCUGCAUCUCCGAGGAGCUGCUCCCGACAGGACGGGGCCAAGCUGAGCCAGGCCCUUCUCGUCCCUGUUUUCGGCCUCCAAGAGGCCCCCUUGCUCUCCCCGGAGAGCUGUGGGCUCCCCUGGGGGGCACAAGGGCAGAGCAAGGCCGUGGGCCGUCUGUCCCCUGUGACAGCUCCCUGAGCCGGUUCUUGUCUGAUCCGGAAGAGAGCCUGUCAGCCCUGCCCCUGGAGGCCUGGGGCCCGGUGGUUUGAACAGCACUUUUAUUUAUUGGACACUGACCACUCCACUCUCCCCUGGAGGCCAGGCGUCCCCAGGGGACCUGCCCACACCUGAGGACUCUGAGCCACAUUCCCACCCUUGGCAGUGGGCAUCGAGCACCCCCUGGCAAGUUCCUACCCCUGCACAUCCCCUCCGGGUGGGUGGGAAGCAGGGUCAGCGCCUGCACGGCCUGCUCUGACUCGACGUGCGCCCAGCAGCCACUGACCUGCUGAGAAUAAAGAGGUCACUGCA